AUGGCUCACGUUACAGUUGAUUGGAAUCCACUUGGAAAGGUAUUUUAUAGGUAAGUGGUUCUUUUCAGAUCAGACAGUCUCCAAGUUCUGGCUCGGCCCAUAAUUAUAAAAUGCUACUUAUUAUUGUUUUAUUAUUCAUUCAAAAUAUUUCCUCCAAGCUGAAGACAUCCUUACCUUUAUGUAAAAUUCCAGUAGUCAAACAUCUGCCUGUUUUUUGCCAGUCCCAGAUUAUGAGGGGAUAUAAUAUUCUUGCUGAUAUUCUUCAAAUGGUAGUUUUCAGUGUUUUUGUUUGUUAUUUCAAAGUUUUUGAGGGAGAAGUUCAGGAAAUUUAAUGAGGUUAAAUAUAGUUACUUAACUUAGUUAACGAUGAGGAGCUCCAGUAGCUUCUCAGUAGUUAGCUUGGCAUUAGCGUGGCAAUGGCGUGGCGUGUCGUUGACGUUUGUUAGGGUUUUAUAUUGGUACGCUUUGGCGAGCUGGCAGUUAUCCUAUGCUCUUUUGUUUUUGCCGGGGUUCAUGUUACUGUGCUAGGCCUGUUGCAGGAUAAUUUCCAGUGCCCCCUGUGUCAGUGGUUUCCAUUGCGAUUUAUGCAUCUGCGUUUGCAAUGAUGUGCUUGUAGUUUUAAAGUGCAUGGUGUUCAGGGUGUUUUGGUCAGUGUUGCUCAGUUUUAGUGUUUUUUCCCCUUCCUCCUUACCCCUUAUUAUUAUUUAUUAGUAUUAUUGUGGUCCUUAUUUCUCCACUGAACUCUCAGUUCAGUGUGAUGGGUGCUUGGGCUGGGGCUGGCUGUGGCUGACGGGGCUCGUAGCUGGGUUGCAGGUAAGGCAGGCUUUUAGGGUGUUCUUGCUUCAGGCAUUAAUCUACCCAUAACAUGUGAAAUCUUCUACCAUUUACUCUUGGUCUUGAACACCAAAACAGCCAAACCAUCACUCUGCUUCUUUGUUUGAUUUCUGUGCAUCCUUUUCCACUUUGGAGGUGUGUCUGACAGAAUGGUUAACACCUUGAACUCCGGAUCUGGAGGUCCAGGGUUCAAUCCUUUUUGAAUGGUUUCAAUCCGUUUCGAAUGGUUUCCUUUGACAAGGAACUUUACACCACUUUGCCUCUCUUCACCCAGGUGUAUUUAACAAUAUUAUUCCUCGAGCCCGAAUAGGCUGUGAGUCAAUAGCGCAUGAGGCCAAAGGCCGAAUGGGCUAUUGACUCAGAGGCCAUGAGGGCGAGAGGAAUAAUUGUUUUAGUAAAAUCCGACUAGUUGGUCAAAACUAUAAAGACAAAAUAACUUUAGCUAGUAUAACGCGAUUCAGUCGCCAUCGUUUUGGUUUUCAAAGCCGGCGCUUUCCGCUACUAGUGGGCUAUAACAUAAAGCCUAGUAGAAGCUCAACCAAUCAGAAUGCAGCAUUGAUCAUAGACCACUAGUUGGAUUUUAUUAAAAAUGGAUACCUGCAAAAUACUGCUAGGGGGUAACCCGCCGAUGGACUAGCAUCUCAUCUAGGGGGGAACAGGGAAUGGCAAGACUCCUAUAGUUAUCCUUCAUGGUAAGGAAGCUGGGAUAAGCUCCAGCCUUUUUGGGCCUUUGGCUUGCGUGCACCUGUAAUCUUUUUUUUACCUUUUCCAGUCUGAGACUUUACUUUUGACAUCAGCCUUUAAAUCAAAGCAAACAUCUUUCAAUUUUGGCAAAUAACCAGCAGGCUCAGGAAAGAAAUACCGGGGCAGCCAUGGAAUUUAAGCCAAUCAGUCAGGGAUGGAGAAAUAUUUUAAAUGUACACACUGUAGCUAUAAUUGAAUUACAGCAGAAGUUUUCUUCGCAAAAUGUGUUUGUCUUGAACAGGAAAGUAGAGCUGUACAGUAUGGAGUGGCAAGAUGCUGUGGAUCUAUCCCGGUUUAUUGUGAGUGCAGCACCUUUUGGUGGUCCAAUAGGUAAGUACAUCAGACUUCUUCUAAGUGUCGUUUAACUUGUACAGGGAGUACAAGUUUCAUUUCCCUCAUUAUUGUAGGGUAAAUAGGACUCACCAUGGUAAACGUUUAAGAGCCAGAAUCAAAGAAAUGCUCUUAACAGCACUGUAAGUUCCGGCAUUAAUUUGUAAGUUACAGUACCUUUCAAAAGUAAGUUGACAGUCCAUUGCGAGUCUCAAUUCUUGACUCAAUUCACGAUUCUCAAUUCCUGCGCGAAUUGAGAAUCGAGAAUUGAAAACAAGCUAUCGAGAAUCGAGUCGAGAAUCAAGUCUCACAGGACAGAAAACAAAAGAUUCACCCAUGACUGAUUUCUCUAAUUUUACAAUUUUGCGGUAUGGUUACAUUCUCACAAGCGACUGUAUGCGUGAAACAAGACCAAUUCAAAUUAUAAAGCGAAUGUUUCUUCAAGGGCAUCUGUAUCAAGCUUCAUUUCCUCUACUAAAGUUUCAAAUACCUGCUCCAAAUGCAAACAAACAGCACGUUUAUUUUGUAACGUCAAAUGAUUCUGGGCUUAAUCGGCCGCUUGGCUUGAUAAAGAUCAGCUGUAACAUACACGUUCGUCCAUAACAUGACUAAUCUUUUGCUCUGAAAUUGUGUUCAUGAUCCUUGAAAACUUUCGCGAAACAAUGGUUUUGAUUCUAAUUUAGCGCUUUCUUAGUUUGAGGUGAUCGCUCGUAAAAUUUGGCCUGCUUUUUUCCGUGAUGGAACAGGAUACGAGUGAACUUUUUCGUUGCCUAGCAGGUGACUGCAGCUACCGUGAUGAAAAAUUGCGCAAGUGGUUUGUAUUAUACGCUACUAAAAAUUGUUUUCAAAGCUCUUGGAGGUUUCUGAACUUUUCUGGCAUGUUUAUUCAAAUCGAAACUUUCAUGUACGCAAUCACGUCCCAUAAAAAGCAAAGGGCAAAAUAUCAAACUGAGAUGCUUUCACGUGCACGUAUCACAAAAACAGCAAUUCUGGUCAAGAGGUCAAGUUACAAGCAGAAUUAAUUAGAAGUAAAGUUUCCAGCAAAAAAACACCCUAACUUUGGACACCGAUGAGCAGACAUUCAACCGCGAUAAUGCUGAUGGGCAUUCACAAACAGGCAAUCGAAAAAAAAUUGGUAAGUAGAAUUCGAAAGGCAAGCUGAAGAACAAAAGCAACAAGACUUUGUUUACAUACCAUCGCGUAUUAAACAUUUAUUUACACAAGCUUCCUUUUAUUUUGGAUUUUAAAAACAAAAGGUCAUGGAUUGCUUUUCAAGUUUAACUAGUGAACUGGCAACUUUUGCUAUUUGAAUGAUGCAAAAUGCCGUUUGAACAAUUUAAAGGUUUCAACACAAAGUAGCACACGAGCCGUGCAAACGAAUGCAAAUUUCCUGAAGAGUUCUCCCCGAGACAGCUGUCAACUGCUAUUUGCAUAGUUCAGGAAUUUCUCACAAGAAUCAAACGCUGAGUAGAGUUUGUUAUUUUAUAGAGUACAAAGACUUUUCUGACGUGAGAGAAGUUAGAAGAUUACUCAAAACUUGAACAAAGGUUGUUACUUGUAGACUCUCACGGCAGUCGAGUAUCAAGAGUAGAGAGUGAGUUACUCAAAACUAAACAAAGGCCGUUCCAGUUUGAUGGGUCUUGCGGGAAUGAAGAAUCGAGAAUUGAGACGCAACAAUUGAGAAUCAAGUCUCGAUUCUCAACUCGAAUCUCUAUUCUCAAUUCUCGCAAGGAUCGAGAAUCAAGUGUCAACUUACUUUUGAAUGGUACUGUAUGUCUAUAUCAGCAAGAAUCCAUUAUACUGUACCAGAAUUUUGUUUCAAUCAACUGUCUGUACAUGUCAAGGGAUUUGGCUGAAAAAGUUUAAAGGAAGAAAACAACUCUUAAGAACAUCUUGCUUUUAAUUAUUAUAUUAGAACAGCUAGUGCAUAAAACAUGCAAUUGAUAAAAGCAGUCCAGCUGUGUUGUAUAUAGAUGCUUAACUGUCAGUAAUAGUUAAAAAAAUAUAUAAUUUAUUGAAGGGCUCCAUGCUAAAUUGCCUAAUGCCCCUGUGGUGUAUUUUUGGGAUGAUUGGGAUUUAAGCACCACGGUAGGUUUGAUCGCUAAUGCACACCAUUGGUAACUCAUGUACUCUUCUACAUACAUGGGGGGUCAUGUAGCAGCUUCUCAGAAUAGAAGUCAUCAAUGGUGCCUAACCCGACCACAAACAAUACUGAAACAAUUGAAAGAAUGAAAUCAUUGUUUUCUGCAACCAAUAAGAAGAGACCUUACGAGCAGCUCCUGCACAACUGUACAUGGGGGUGAGGACGGUACACCUAAAUAUUUACAUGUCCUGCAGCCCCCCACAUUGAGAUUUCCUUUUUGGAGGAAUGGUUUGUAUUUGUUGUAUUUAAAAUUUUCAGCUCUGAUAAGAGAUGACAAGCAUUUUGCUCAAGUCCAAGGAUCAGCUAUUAAUAAACCCAUCAUUCACAUUUUUUCCUCUGCUGGAAAAGAACUUGCCACAGUUAAGGUAUGUGUCUUUUUUGAAGGUCUACUGCUGCUUGUUGUUUAACCUGGGAACACAGACAAGGAGGAGUGUCGACCAGGCCAAGCAGGCUACUUGUUGUUUAAUAUUGACAAAUUUUGUGAAUAUUGUUCUUGGCUAGAAGACUAACUGUCAACUUUUUUUGUUAUUGCUUUGGAAAAGAGCAGGAACUUGUAUUAUCAUAUGGCUGGUUCUGUGAGCAGGAAAGAUGAAGUAAUAUUCUGACUAGUUACUGAAGCAGGCAGAAUGGAUCUAUCUUAGUCCAUCAUUAGUCUGCUUCACAGCCGUUUUUAGUGUUGUCACACAAUGCUCCUACCCACCUCCCUUGUGGGGAGGAGCGUUACGUGACAACGCUAAAAGCAGCACUGAAGAAGACUAGUCCAUCACUGCAUGGGAACAAGAACAAAAGCAAAAAUGUUCUGCUUCUGUAGGCUAUUGAUCAAGUGUUCUUUUUUAUUCUUAGUGGGAUGGAGGCCCCAUAGUUCAGAUGGGAUGGUCCGUCACAGAGGACCUACUUUGCGUAGCUGAUGAUGGUACAGUGAUGGUGUAUGACAUUCAUGGCGCAAUCAAGAAAACCUUGUCAAUGGGACAAGUAAGUGUUAAAUCAUUUUGUGUCAUGAAAAGGCUGAAAAAGAAGACAUGAUGCAUGUAUGUUUGUAAAGCACCACAGCUCGACAACUUCUAGUCAACUUGAAGCUCAUCUUAGCCCAUUGAUGCCAUAUCUUAUGUCAGUAAAUUCUUUAACCACCCCAAGUAAAUAAAUUUUCUGACAAAUUAAAUAAUCAUUAAUUUUUCCAUAACUAUGAGCAAAAUGAAUGUAAUUUAUAAUAUAUUAUCAUCAAAAACAUAAGUCAUAGACUGUUUGCUACUUUAUUACAAAAAUAGAGUAUACUCAUACAUAUACUUUUUGUAGCAAAGGCAUAGCCAUUGAAUAAUAUUACCCAUAUGUCGUGUAUGUUUCAGGUCAAAAUUUCAAUUCAGGUUAAAAGCUUUUAGCCUUGGUUGAUUCUCUAUCUCCUUUGUCCCCUAGUCCUAAUUUAUUCGUGAAUUAACUCUAUGAGACAAAGGAAAUCAAGAAUCAACCUGGAUAUGAUUUUAACCCAUAAUAGACAUUGUAUUUAUGUCGUUUUUGCAUGUGGCCGUAUCAAAUACGUGGCAACUUCAUAGAUCUGGUGCUUUUAAGUUGGGUGCAGGAGACGAAACUCGUAAUUUUUAUCUGUAUUAUUUUGUAGGAUGCCAAAGAAUCCAAAGUUAUUGACUGCAAAACCUAUAAUUUUGCUGGAAGGACUGGCAUAGCUAUCCUGACUAGUAAUUACCACUUUUAUGUUGCAAACAACGUGGAAGAGGUCAGGAGUCGACGGUAUUAUGACCCACCCGGUAAAAAAAAUAAUCAUAAAGUUCAGUGUUUCAGAGAGAUUAAUAAUGUUUUAUUUUGAAGUUACAUGUUCAUCUCACGUGCUUUUGUGAUCCAUAGAACUCAAUAUCCGCUUGUGCCUCACUUUCCUUUUGUGAUAACUUUGAAUUUGAUGAGAGUUAAAGUGUUGUUCAACAGGCAAUAAAGAAAUCUUGUCACGCAUUAUUCCUUGUAGCAUUUGACUGACUUCAAGUGGGCUUGAAUUCUUUACCUUUUUUUUUGCGGCGUGAAUAUUUUUCAGGCUUUCUUCUCUUAAAUAUUUACAAUGAUCUGUCUUAGUUAAAUGUGUAUUUUGCCACAUUUUUCACAAGGAAAACAAUAACUGCUCUCGAUCCCAACUCGUUAAAAUUCUGUCACCUAACUACCUGAGGGCUGUCCCUAUCUGAGAAAACUAGAAAGUCAAAUGGUUUGCAGAUGUCUUUAGAAAGGCAGCACUUUCUGCUUAGCAUUAAAAGACCCCUGCCUAAGUGUUGAUACGGCCGGUGUGUUGAACCAGCGACCUCUCGCUCAGCAGACCGGCGCUUAUCCAGCUGAGCUAACCGGACGGCAAAAAAUGACCAGUUAUGAAUCUUAAGAAACAUAGGACCAGUUAUUUAAACGUAGUUUAACCAGUGUUUAACAAAACCGCGUUCUGAGCCAUUUUUCAAUUUGCCUAACGGUUUUAUCUAAACACCGUUUAUUGUGAAGUGUUUUAUGAAAGCAUUUAGAGUAGAUUAGAAAAGCAUUUAACGCACUAAGGAAGAGAUCUGGAGGUCAGAAGAUUCGUUAAACCCCGGCUUAAAUUAAACUUCGUUUAAAUAACCGACCCAUAAUUUUUUUAACCAGGUUUGGAUGCUCCACCCAGCAGCUGGGUCAUUAUGCCGCAUGACAGAGGUUCAUCGUUGCUAGUGGCAAUUGAUAAUCUGUUAUACCUUACAGAAAAGGGACAGUGUAAUAGACUGGUGAGCUGUAGUAUACAGUAGAACUGCUAUCGUGAUACAUCCUUUUAUAAUCUAGUCCUUUCAAGAUAUCUCCAAGCUCGAGACAUGCUUUUUUGUAUAGUUCCCAUCUUUUUACAACAUCUGCCUUUUCGUCGGCAGUUUCAGGAUUUGAAGAAACGUGUAUCUAGCAGAUAUUCGCACACUGAUUGCAACUCAGCAACGGUGGCGAAAACGUCUCUUAAAAAGAGAAUUCGCGUUGUUUGAAACUUCAUGGCGAUGAAUCCAACUCGCAUAAUUUGUCAAUGCAGGCGAGUCCUGGACGUGUCUAGAAGUUGAAUUCUUAGGCCCUGGUAAGGUAACAUGCGGUGGGUCACCCCGCCUAUCACGUAAACGUGUUCAAAUUAAAGUGAGAGAUUAUAAUUAUGGACAGAAGGGUUACCCCCACCUAAGCGAAAAAGAGAAAAAUUGAUCAUCGUGUUCACUUUUUCGAUAAAACGUGGAAUUAGGAAAUUUCCCGUCUUGAGAAAAUUUGCCAGAAGCGUGAUGCACCUGCAGAGUUAUUGUUUAAAGAAUUUUCGACCGGCUAAAAAAAUUUGACCGGACAUAUCGUUCACCCGCGACCGUUCAAUAUUUUUUGCUGUUCACAAGGAACUUUGAACGGCUAUGCGUCUGAAUUUUCGUACGGUUAAGGUGAUGUUAUAGGAGACGAUGCGUCGCAACACAGCGUUGCAAUGUUGGAACAACGUUGCAACCAUUCGAAACAAUAUCGCAAAAAUGUUGCAACGCCGUGUUGCGGCUUGCGAAAAAUCGUGGUCGCGAAUUCGAGUGAACGUUCGAAUUUUCAGCCGGUCGAAAAUUCGCCCGGUUGCCUUUUUGACUUUCUCUUUGCUGUCGCUGUCUCGACAUCAUAAAUUUCCUCUUGAGUGCCAAGUGUAAGACAGGUUGCUACUUUUUACCAAUCCUGAAUCAGCCACAGGGCGUAGCAAAGCAGUGGGUGCGGGGAGAAGGAAGGAACGGAGGGCAGAAAAUAGAGGGGUGUCUUGAGAUGUCGCAAUGAGAAUAUUGUACAUCUCCGGCUUUAUCAGUGUCACAACUUUAAAUAUGAAAUAGGGAAGUCUCGAUCGUUUAUAAUGUUGACAAAUUUUUCCCUGAACUCACACAAGUGAGUAUGCUCGCCGGCUACUGUUGUUGUUGAAUAGUUUUGAUAUUAUUCAAUUUUCAGACUGUUUCAUUCAGCGCUGGGGCCCCGGUCACUUCCAUCAUAGAAAUGGCCAUAUCUUACAAUUAUGAAUACCUAGCAAUGUUUACAGACACUGGUUUGUUAUGGAUAGGAUCAGCAGAUUUACAGGUGGAUAUAACACUGUCACAUUUGUUCAGCCCGCAAAUUCAGCUAUCAGAGGACGAGUUCCAGUAGCUAGCGCCGAGUUGACUGGGAUUCUUAGAAAAUGAGAACGAGUGGCGGUCUAAUUCAACUGGCAGUACUAACUUUGAUUCUAUACCCAGGUUUGAAGAAGGCGUGUAAAAAGGCUUUUGUUUAUACUACUCAAUUUGAGGUAUCUUUUCUUGUAACAAAUGAAUACAGUAAAAACCCGCAAGUAAGAACCUGAAAAUUAAGAACCUGUUAGCCUGAAAUUUGCCAUUUAUACCCCCUAUAAACAAGAACCUGUUUAGCCUAGAAAAUGAAAAACAGGUUCUUAUUCUUGAAAGUCAUAUUAGUGAAAUGCAGCUGCAAAGCUGUGUAAGAAUCCUGUCUGGCGAAUUAGGAGCUUGGCAUUGCUGUGCAAAUAAAAGUGCUAAUUUAUUGAUUUAAUAAAAAAAUAAAGUGCAAGAGUUUAAUAUUGUUGUAUCACAUUUUGAAGUUGAAAAAUACGCAGAUUACCAUCCUGUUUUGUAGCUUUUUUUUUUUUUUUUUUUUCAGAAAUAAGAACCUAUUUAAGAACCUAAAUAGCCUAAAAUUGUGUUAACUACUAUUUAAAUAAGAACCUGUUUAGGCUAACUCCAGAAAAUGUAGGUUCUUACUCGCGGGUUUUUACUGUACCCGUAAAAUAAAAUCUUUGUAUCCGCCUUAGUUCUCCAUGGUGGGAUUAUCAUCAUUAAUUUAGUUUAGCCACUUCUUCCUCGGAAACCUUGCAAAAACAGUUUCAUGUGAUCGCAAAGUUGAUAUUUAUUGUGUUCAUUUAACUUGUUGACAUCUCCGCAAAGCGAGGAAGCUUAGCAACCCGGGCCGCUAGGCCAGGCUCUGAAGAGCUCAACUUAAGUACACCUGUAUUUGGUAGUUCUUUGAAUUUUGCAGUUAUUGUUGUAUUUCUGUCUUCUUUAGAAAGUCUACUGUGAGUUCAACACUUCUUGUCCAUCAAGACCCAAGCAACUAACCUGGUAAGGAGGGAGCAAUUGUUGUUUCUAGAAUGAAGGCUCUCGUCUUUUAUGACAAAUUCUCGCCCGGUUGGCCGGGCCAUUCUUUUGAAUUCAAACUAAGAGCCCUCGGUGUUUUUCUUUCUUCCGCCACCCAUCUAGCGAUGUGUCGCCACAACGUGUUGCUUCAACUAAUCUCCUGACCUGUACACAGAGAGUAAUCUGUCGCCGACACGUGGUACUACAACUUGUCUCCUUGUGUGUUCCGAUCUAUACUUAUUUCAACUUGCCUUACAGGUGUGCAAUGGGUGCUGUCAUAUGUUACUGGGACGAUUAUUUGGAUGUUAUUGGACCGACAAUGGACACUGUUAGAUAUCCUUUGAUUAACAAGAUCAUUCUUUAUAUCCGACUAGCUUUCCAACUAUUUGCGGGGCAAGCUAUCUAACUGUUAGAGCAUGCUAGAAUUAAAAAUUGUUCUUGUUGUUGUUGUAAAUGUUCUGAAUGUUGGCUUGGCCAAGUUGGUAAUUGUGCUGCCAUGCUGCAAUUAUAUAUUGAUCGUGUUACUAAAAACACCCUUGAUUUGAACUGACAAUUGUUACUAGUGUAGUUUAACUUUUUCUGUUGCUGCCGUAGAAUAUUGGAAAUUUUAAGAUAUGUGUAGUUUUUUCUUUCAUUGAACACGCUAUUGCCAUAUAUUUAACAAUUACUCCACGAGUGCGCGUUGAAUAUGAGUGGAAUAAUUUUUUAUUAAAAACGCCCACAAAAUAUCGUGAAUUCUUCCCGACUUUAUUUGUAAGAACAACCGAUUUUCAAUUUUUGUAUGGUUCAUAUACCAUGAUGGCUAAGCCAAUCUGAGCUCUUUAACUGUAUUAUCCAAUGGUUCAGUUUUAAUAAAUAUGCUUAUGCUACGGAUAGCACACUUUCUUAACAUAUUUCACAUAUCAGAUGGACAGUGCUGUUCAUUUAGUUCAAGAGUUAGAUGGCGUAAGAAUCAUUGGUAACGAGACUCGUGAACUGCUUCAGCGAGUUCCAGGUUGGUAAAUAUGAUUACGUUGAUUGCGGGCGGUUUCUCCUCCUGGCAAAACCUCCCUAGCAAAGAGGAGCAAGGUGAAACGGCUGUAUUAGCAGACUACAAGUGAAAGGUUUCAAUAUGCUCGCAGAUAUUCUGUCUUGUUCUCGAUUCAUAAAGCUAUCGAAAUAUAGCCAAAAAUAAGAAUCCCUGUUGGUGGCCGGUAUGUCCUUGAGAUUGAUUUCUUCUCUACAGACAUUUGAUGCUUUUCCAAAUUACCUUCAUUACCUGUAGGUGCUUAAACCGAAAAAAACUCUCGAGACUGUUGACUUAAACCUUUAGCUCAGUGUGGUCUUGCUGCGGCUCAUGUAUGAUUUUUCAACUUACUUCCCGGAAGCAGAUGGGACUGACUCUACAUUCAGUAUUCCCCCCUCCAAAGAAAAUGGGUACCCUGUUGUCACGAACAAGCAAAAAGCCCUAAACUUUAUUCCAUUGACUUGUUCAAUCGGUUCACGGUCAAGUCGCCCGAAAUCAGGGUCAUGUCGCCCGAUAUCUUGAGUCAUGUCGCUCGAAGUAAACAGCGAUAUUUGCGUCUUUGUUUAACUUCACAUUUGCAUAGGUUACCGGACACAGUUGAGUCAACAUUUUUCGACUAAAUUCCUUGCGAUAUACUUCAGAUGAUACUUUUGUUCAAGUUUAUACACUCGAUAAAAUUUUAGGCGACAUGACUUAGGAUUUCGGGCGACAUUACUCUGGUUUCAGGCGCUAUGACUUCGGGCGAGAUGACUUUCUAGUGACUUGACCGGUUACCGUUCAACCAGAACCACUUCUUAUCACGAAUGUGAAUAAUUAUGUCCGAUACCAGAGCUACUAUUUCUAUUCAUCUUUUAGCUGCUGUGGAACAAGUGUUUAAAAUCGGUUCAAUGUAA